AUGGAGCUUCCUGAGGGUGCAGAAAGCGAAGCGGCUGCGGCUGCCGAUGCCGUCGCAGACUCGUCACUCAGGUGGUGGCAGCAGCAGCAACUGCCGCUUCUGGCGUCAGUGGAACGCUCCGGUGUGGUUUUGAUACUCGGGGGUGCAGAUGGCUCUGCUGCACCCCGUUGCUCCGUUCUUCUCCCGUUGCUGCUGCUGCAACAUGAAUGGGCGCCUCAGCAGUCCUUACAGCAGCAGCACAUCAUUGUGGCUCUGGAAACGUCAGCUGCAGUAGAUUCUGCGGCAGCGGCAGCCAGGGCCUGGGGCGCAAACUGUUAUGCUUCCUGCAUCCAUACAACCAAGGGUAGCACCCGCAGCAGAACCCCUCCAAGAGUCAUAUACCUCACAACCCGGCAGCUGUUCCAGCGACUUUUGCAACAGCCGCUGCUCCCUGGAUGCUGCAUCGCUGCCCUUGAGGUGUCUCUGCUGCACGGAUUUAGCACCGAGUUGCUACUUCCUCUGCUGCGCAAGGUAAGGCAAAGAAGGCCGACACUUCGGCUGCUGCUGCUGCUUCCCCCUGCUUCAAUACAGCCGCAGUGGGCCCUUCAACUGGGCGAGUUUUUUGCUGAUACUAAAGAUGCGGCAGCACCAGAGGCUGCUGCAGUGUCGCCACGGGGUGCACUGGAGGUCCUCCGCGCUGCAGUGCUUCGGCAGCAACAACUGCUGAUGCGUCUUCUGCAACCAAAGAGUAAGCGGUGGGAUGUAAAGGUAGCGCAGCGGAGUGCCACGCGGGAGGAUGAACAGGCGCAGAGGCAGCGUAGCUCAUCUGUUUCAGAGGUGCAGGAGACGGCAGCUCCAUCAGAAGUACCCGAGGUGCCUGACCCCAUUGAAUGUAUGAGCAGCAGCACCAGCAGAAGGAGCAGCAUCUCCUGUCUUUCGUCGGAUGAUGUUAUAGUACUGGGAAUUUCGGAGGGCCAGGAAAGAAGCGCCAGUGGGGGCCCUUCAAAGCGGAAGAAGGUAAAAACCAAAGAGAAGCGGCGGCUCCAACAACGCUUGCGGAAGGUACGACGGAAGCUUCAGAGGAUAGACAGCAGCAACAGCAUUGACAGUAAGAGCGCCUUAGGGCUCCUACAGGGAGGCGCAUCGUGGGGACUCGCUGAUACACAAGCAUCCCCCAAGGCACCCCCACGGUUCGCCAACGACACGUCACAUGCAUUACGUCCCCCCUCAGUCAGCAGAAGUGACGUGGCAGAAUCAGAAGGAGAAGCAGAAGCAACUGCGGUAGCAGAAGCAACAGCAGGAGUACCUGCAGAGCCGACGCCGUCCUCUUUGGCUGCCAGCAACAAAGGUUUGCAUGAGCCACCGCUUUUGCAGCCAGGGGCCCCAUCAGAAGCGGUUUCGCUGGCUUAUGGCGCCGAAUCCUCCGUUAGCAUGAUUGGAUUCUCGCCACCAACGCACCGCGUCGCUGUUCGCUACCUCAAGAAGGCUACACCAAAUUUUGUUAGGGCGGCCGCCUCUUUGGUGUCCUCGCUAGUGGCGUCUGCCGCUGGGGCCCCCGGAGGACUGGCCUCUUCUGGCUCAAUUUUUGUAUUUUUGCCCUCUCCAGAGGACGUUACUUCUCUCACAGAGGCGCUGCAGCGAAACCUGCAAUACAUGUUACGGAAGCAACAGCCCGAGCACCAUCAGCCUGUGGAGAUCGUUUGUCUUGCUCAAGAUUUGGAUCCUCGUCUUCCGCCCCCUUCCUCGAGUCUCCGCAUCUUCCUGUCGUCAGCUGCUUUCCCGCCAUCCGUCUCGCCUUCUUCACUUUCCGUCGAAUUUGUUGUGGACUGCAUGUACAUUCGAAGAUUAGUAUUUGACUCCUUUCUUAAUCUGAAGCGUUCAGCCAAUGUUCCGAUCACUAGGGCGCUCGCGGACUUGCGAGCUUCUCUAGCGGGAAGGGGUACAAAAGGGGGGUCUUGCUACAGGCUCUGCACUGCAGCGGCGUUUGCUGCUGCGGCUGCACCUGCUACAGUCGAAUCGGCUGCUUGCCCAGUUUCUCAUGCGGAUGCAUGUGGAGAGCUUGACGCCUCAGCCUUCGAAGAUAUCGCGCCCUUGCUGCUGCAGCUUAAGGCGCUGGGUUUACAUGCCCUGCAGCGCCUGCCACAGCUACAGCCACCGCCAACUGCUGUUGUUGUGGACGCAGUGGAGCGCUUGUUCAAGCUUCAGGCAAUAGAUGAUGCGCAGCGUAUUACAAAGCCACUUGGGCGCAUGAUGGCGAGGGGAAUCCUCUCCCCUGAGUUAACUCGGCUACUUGUUAUCUCUGCAGAUCCGGCGUUUGGCUGUUCCCAAGAGGCCUCAGCAAUUUGCGCCCUUCUCAGUGGGCCACCAGUGUGGCGGCGCUCUGCUUUGGAGGACUGCGGCUCAUCCCUUGGGGAUUCCUCUAAAGAAGGCCGUAGAACAGUCUCUGCAGCUCGACAGCGGCUGGCACUAUGUCGGGCGUUGCUGGGGGCUAUUGAAGGAGAUCCUCUAACCGCGUUAAAUGUCUUUGGCCAGUACUUCGAUGUCAAGAAAACAAACGGCGACGCAGCGGCGGCAAGAUGGGCAGAGAAAUACCUUGUUGACGAGCAAGUCAUGCGGCGCGCAGCUAACAUGCAACAUAUGCUCCUACAGUGGUUGCAAUUGUCAGGGUUGCCCUGUCUCAGUUGUGUGGGAGACUGCGGGCCUGUUCUGCGGGCACUAGCCGCGGCCUUCUGCCUUAAUGUGGCACAGCGAACCCACAGACAGAUAUAUCGGCCGUAUACGGCGUGAGCAGAUCCUCAGGAAGCGCUCCCGACAUCGGCAAGUACGCCGCCUUUUGUUAUUCACCCCUCUUCUGUCUUGGCGAAUUGCGGACACCCAUUUGUAGUAUAUGGACAGGCUUUCAUGCGGGACGGUUGCGUCUACAUGCAACAGGUCACCGCUAUCGAGCCAGAGUGGCUGCCGCAAGUUGCUGGGCAUCUCUUCGCAGUUCCACUGUGA